UUGUGGGCGGGGUUUCCGGUCUGGUGGGGGCGCCCGGUGUGGGAGUCUGGUGGGAGGUUGUCGGGCGCAGUUAGACCAGAGGACCCACUGCUUCCAUGGCCGCCUCACAAACUCCACAGACUGUUGCAUCUCACGUUCCCUUUGCAGAUUUAUGUUCAACUUUAGAGCGAAUACAGAAGAGUAAAGGACGUGCAGAAAAAAUCAGACACUUCAAGGAAUUUUUAGAUUCUUGGAGAAAAUUUCAUGAUGCCCUUCAUAAGAACCAAAAAGAUGUUACAGACUCUUUUUAUCCGGCAAUGAGACUUAUUCUUCCUCAGCUGGAAAGAGAGAGAAUGGCUUAUGGAAUCAAAGAAACUAUGCUGGCUAAGCUUUAUAUCGAAUUGCUUAAUUUGCCAAGAGAAGGGAAAGAUGCCCUUAAGCUCCUCAAUUACAGGACCCCCACUGGGACUCGGGGGGAGGCCGGGGACUUUGCGAUGAUUGCGUACUUUGUGUUGAAGCCCCGGUGUUUGCAGAAAGGAAGUUUAACCAUACAGCAAGUAAAUGAACUUUUAGAUUCAGUUGCCAGCAAUAAUUCUACCAAAAGAAAAGACUUAGUGAAAAAGAGUCUUCUUCAGCUUAUAACUCAGAGUUCAGCACUGGAACAAAAGUGGCUCAUACGAAUGAUUGUAAAGGACUUAAAACUUGGUUUUAGUCAGCAAACUAUAUUUUCUGUUUUUCAUAAUGAUGCUACUGAGUUGCAUAAUGUCACUACAGAUCUUGAAAAGGUCUGUCAGCAGCUGCAUGAUCCCUCUGUAGGACUCACUGAUAUUUCUAUCACUUUGUUUUCUGCCUUUAAACCAAUGCUAGCUGCAGUAGCAGAUAUUGAGCGCAUUGAGAAAGACAUGAAGCACCAGAGUUUCUACAUCGAAACCAAGCUUGAUGGUGAGCGGAUGCAGAUGCACAAAGAUGGGGAUGUUUACAAAUACUUUUCCAGAAAUGGCUAUAACUACACUGAUCAGUUUGGCGCCUCUCCGCAGGAGGGCUCUCUCACCCCAUUCAUUCAUGAUGCAUUCCAGCCCGAUGUGCAAACCUGUAUCCUUGAUGGAGAGAUGAUGGCCUACAAUCCCAGCACACAGACCUUUAUGCAAAAGGGCAAUAAGUUUGAUAUUAAAAGAAUGGUGGAAGAUUCUGAUCUGCAGACUUGUUACUGUGUUUUUGAUGUAUUGAUGGUUAAUAAUAAAAAGCUAGGUCGUGAGAUCCUGAGAAAGAGGUAUGAGAUUCUCAGAAGUACUUUUAUACCAGUACCAGGUAGGGUGGAAAUAGUGCAGAAAGCACAAGCUCAUACCAAGAACGAAGUGAUCGAUGCACUGAAUGAAGCAAUAGAUAAAAGAGAAGAGGGAAUCAUGAUAAAACAUCCCUUGUCCAUUUACAAGCCAGACAAAAGAGGUGAAGGAUGGUUAAAAAUUAAGCCAGAAUAUGUCAGUGGACUAAUGGAUGAAUUGGACAUCUUAAUUGUGGGAGGCUAUUGGGGUAAAGGUUUGCGGGGUGGGAUGAUGUCUCAUUUUUUGUGUGCAGUAGCGGAGAAACCCCCUCCUGGUGAGAAACCAUCUGUGUUUCACACUCUGUGUCGUGUUGGCUCAGGAUACACCAUGAAAGAACUGUACGAUCUAGGUUUGAAAUUGGCCAAGUACUGGAAGACUUUUCAUAGAAAAGCACCACCAAGCAGCAUUUUAUGUGGAACAGAGAAGCCAGAAGUGUACAUUGAGCCUGGCAAUUCUGUCAUCGUUCAGGUUAAGGCCGCAGAGAUUGUCCCCAGUGAUAUGUACAGAACUGGCUGUACGUUGCGAUUUCCACGGAUCGAGAGGAUAAGAGAUGACAAGGAGUGGCAUGAGUGCAUGACUCUGGAGGACCUGGAACAGCUGCGGGGGAAAGCAGCUGGAAAGCUCGCCUCGAAACACCUCUAUCCAGGAGAGGAGGAUGAACCAAAAGAGAAAAGGCGAAGAGCUGCCCCAAAGGUGAAGAAGGUGAUCGGAAUUAUUGAACACUUAAAGGCACCUAACCUUUCUAACGUAAGCAAAGUUUCCAAUAUAUUUGAAGAUGUGGAGUUUUGUGUUAUGAGCGGAACGGACAGCCAUCCGAAGCCUGACCUGGAGAACAGAAUUGCAGAGUUGGGUGGUUACAUUGUACAGAAUCCAGGCCCAGACACAUACUGUGUAAUUGCAGGUUCUGAGAACGUCAGAGUGAAAAACAUCAUUUCUUCUGAUAAACAUGAUGUUGUCAAGCCUGCGUGGCUCUUAGAAUGUUUUCAGACCAAAAGCUGUGUGCCCUGGCAGCCUCGCUUUAUGAUUCACAUGUGCCCAUCAACAAAACAGCAUUUUGCCCGUGAAUAUGAUCGCUAUGGUGACAGUUAUUUUGUUGAUACAGAUUUGAUCCAGCUGAAAGAGGUGUUUUCAGGAAUUAAAAAUUCUAAUGCACACACUCCUGAAGAAAUGGCCUCUGUGAUUGCGGAUUUGGAAUGUCGUUACUCCUGGGACCGCUCUCCUCUGAGUAUGUUUAGGCACCACACCAUUUAUGUGGACGUGUACACUGUUAUUAAUGACUCGAGUACCAGAAUCCAGGGAGCAAGACUGGCCAUCAGAGCCUUGGAGCUCCGGUUCCAUGGGGCAAAGGUAGUUCCUCUCUUAGCUGAGGGAGUAUCCCAUGUGCUCAUUGGAGAGGAUCAUAGUCGCGUUGCAGAUUUUAAAGCUUUUAGAAGAACUCUUAAGAGAAAGUUUAAGAUCCUUCAAGAACGUUGGGUAACUGACUCAAUAGAAAAGUGUGAGUUACAGGAAGAAAAUCAGUAUUUGAUAUAAGCCAACUUUCUUAGGAAAGCCUUGGAUCUGGUAGACCCAUUGCAAUACGUAGUAAUGAUGAAAUCGUAAACUGCCUUUUGGUUUUAUUUUUUAAAAAUCUAUACUUAAAAAGUAUUAUUACAUAUAGUAAAACAAGAAUUUUAAUUUUUAACAGAAAAGGAAUGACCCAAAGCCAAGAAAGAGAUUCUCUUAGUAGUAUAGUAUUUUGUGAGUUUUAUGACCAAAAUGAAAUAAUUGAGCUAUUUAAAGAAGAGGCGUUUUGUAAAGCCAUCUAUAUAGAAAUCUAGAAUUUUGACUCACAUAUUAGUAAAAUACAUUUAGAAACUUUUAGAAUCGUCAGAGUAUUGACUUAAAUAGGAUUUUUCCAAAGUCAAUUAAAAUUUUUAAUAGUUUUUAGCUAAUAAAAGCAUUGAAAGUAAAAAGGGCAGAGUUGUUAUAUUUAGACAUGUAAAAUAAGUAUUUUUUACUUGAAUGCCAAAAUGCCUCUUUUAAAUGUGAAACAUAAACUUUUUUACAAAACUUGGUGAUGUUUUUUAGCAAAGUCAGUUUAAUGUGACUUAGUGGCCUAAGCAUUUAAAAUUGAAUUGGUUUGAUAUUUUUAAAAACAAUUUUUUUUUUUUUUUAAGUUUUUAUUGUUUGGUACCAGGGAUUGAACCCAGGGACACUCAACCACUGAGCCACAUCCCCAGACCUUUUUAUUUUUAUUUUGAGACAUGGUCUUGCUAAGUUGCUACGGGCUUUGCUACCCUGCUGAGGCUGGCUUUGAACCUAGAUUCUCCUGCCUCAGCUUCCCAAGCCACUGGGAUUACAGAUGUGUGUCCCUGCAGCCUGUAAAAACUUGCAAUUUUAAAAGUUAGUACAGAUUUAAAUUUUUUUCUAAAAUUGAACAUGUUUUAUAUCAAGUAUUUUUUUGUGAAUUUGUACUCCAGUAUAUAGUAUUCACAAACUAUGUUCCUAGAUAUAAUCCAUUGAGUAGGUGUCAAAAUGGUGUGUGUGUCAUGACUUCCAUUAGAGGCCAGUAACUUGCUUUGGCUUUUUAAAGUUGCUCUUAUAAGUAGAUUAUUUAAAGUCAAUGUGUGUAAUACAUAGUAUUUCUGGAUUUAUAUGUCAAAUUUUGAAAUAUAGCCUAUAUCUAUUUAGCCUAUAAGUACAGCCUAUAAAAAAUUUCUUUCCCAACAGUUGAGUGGAAUUUGGUACCUGAGAUACUGUGUGUAGGUUAUGUGAAAGUAAUUAGGAGUUUUAUGAAAUAAUAGAAAAGAAAUCUGGAUUGUUAUACUUAAUUUAAAUAAAGUAUUUAAUAUA